UGGAAACCCGGAUUUGUGCGCUCAAAAUUAACCAGAUUUGAGAAACCCACAACACAUCCGUUAUACGGAGGAGACUACUGGUUUCGACUCGUUCCUUUUGGUCAAAAUAGCAAAGCAAAUGGAUCGCUGAGGAGGAAGAGAGAGAUUAGGAUUAGUCGGCGUGCAUCUCCGGCCACAAGCUCUCCCAGAGACACAUCAAAAUUGAGACUUUGUCUUUUCCGCGUUCCCUAGUUGCACCAUAUUAACUGUAUGCCUACCGAAAGUCUAUGUAAAUUCUGGGAAUUUUAGCUGCUUGAUUUAGUUUUGUUCUGGUCAUAAUUGACUUGGAUCAAUAUAUUGGACCUGUGUUGUGACUUAAUUUUCACUGGAUUAGAGUUUUUUCCCGGCGAGUUAAUUCUUUUUGCUGGAUGAUUAACUAGCUAUUUGGGCGACCUGGUAUUUUAUUGCCUCCAUCAGCAGGAAGGUAGGGGGUGAUAAUGGAUUUGGUUGCUAGCUGCAAGGACAAGCUAGCUUAUUUCCGGAUAAAGGAACUCAAGGAUGCUCUCACUCAACUUGGUCUUUCAAAACAAGGAAAGAAGCAGAACCUUGUUGACCGACUACUAGCUGAACUGUCGGAUGAAUCAGGAACUUUUGCAAAGAAAAAUUCUGUUCGCAAGGAAGAAGUUGCAAAACUUGUGGAUGACAUUUAUAGGAAAAUGCAGGGUUGUGGUGCAUCUGACUUGGCAUCAAAAUCACAGGGAGUCUCAGCUCCUUCAGAUAGCAGCAAUGUCAUGUUAAAUGAAGAGAUAGAAGAUGCUCACCAGAUUGAUAAGAUACGUUGCCCGUGUGGAAGUUCCUUACUAACUGAGUCAAUGAUUAAGUGUGAAGAUCCUAAAUGCCAUGUGUGGCAACAUAUUAGCUGUGUUAUCAUACCAGAGAAAGCUAUGGAAAGUGGUACGCCAUCAAUACCCCCUGGAACGUUCUACUGUGAACUUUGCAGACUGAGUCGUGCUGACCCAUUCUGGGUGACAAUAGCAAGCCCGUUAUGUCCCGUGAAGCUGGCUAUCACACAUGUUCCAACUGAUGGCACGAACCCUGUACAAAGUGUUGAUAAAACAUUUCAACUUACAAGAGCAGAUAAGGACUUGUUGGCGAGACAGGAGUAUGAUCUUCAGGCAUGGUGCAUGCUUCUCAAUGACAAGGUUCAAUUUAGGAUGCAGUGGCCUCAGUACGCAGAUCUGCAGGUCAAUGGUUUUCCAGUGCGGGCAAUGAAUAGGCCUCCUUCGCAAUUGCUUGGAAAUAAUGGUCGAGACGAUGGACCUAUAAUAACAGCAUACACGAGAGAUGGAAUUAAUAAAAUUUCCUUGACGGGAGGUGAUGCUCGUGUAUUCUGUUUGGGUGUUAGAAUUGUAAAGCGGCGCACUCUCCAGCAGAUUCUUAACAUUAUCCCUAAAGUGGCGGAUGGAGAGUCUUUUGAAGAUGCUCUUGCUCGUGUUUGCCGUUGUGUUGGUGGUGGAAAUGUCACUGAAAAUGCUGACAGUGACAGUGAUAUUGAAGUUGUAGCUGAUUGUAUUCCUGUGAACCUCCGAUGUCCUAUGAGCGGAUCAAGGAUGAAGAUUGCUGGGAGAUUCAAGCCCUGUGUUCACAUGGGCUGUUUUGAUCUUGAGGUUUUUGUAGAAAUGAACCAACGGUCUAGGAAGUGGCAAUGCCCUAUUUGUCUCAAGAAUUACACCCUGGAGCAUAUAAUCAUUGACCCAUAUUUUGACCGGAUCACAUCCAAGUUGAGCAAAUGUGGAGAAGAUGUGACAGAGAUUGAGGUGAAACCUGAUGGUUCUUGGCGUGCUAAGGUAGAAGGUGACCGGAGGAGUAUGGGGGAUCUCGGGCAAUGGCACUUUCCUGAUGGAAAUCUUUGCUCGUCCUCUGAUGCUACAGAAUCCAAACCGAGGCCUGAUGUUCUUAAACAGGUCAAGCAGGAAGUUGGUGGUUCUGAUUGCCAUGGAAAUUUUAAAUUCGGAUGGAAGAAAGAUGCUAAAGGUGAUUGGAUACCCAUAUCAGGAAACAACAGAUUACAGGAUAGAUUUGAACUGCUUGGACAUGAUAUCAUUAGCAGCAGUGCUACUGGAAGUGGGAAAGAAGGAGAUGACCCAAGUGUAAAUCAGGACGCUAAUGGGAAUUUCGAUUUCUCUACCACUGCAGGACUUGAACUUGAAUCGGUUUCACAUAAUAUGGAUCCAGGCUUUCGAUUUCCUGGGCAAAAUCCAUCUGCCCCAUCUGCCCCAACUGCAGCUGCUGAAGUUAUCGUCCUUAGUGAUUCUGAUGAAGAAAUUGAACCAUUAAUAAUGCCUCAAGGAGCCGUCUCUUUCUCGAUUAAUCAACCAGGAAUUCAAGAUGCAUACACUGAAGAACCACCUUUAGCCAAUGAAGGUAAUCCAGGAAUGGAUCAUUUUGAUGUUGUUACCAAUGAUAAUGACUUUGGGAUGCCUAUUUGGCCCACGCUUCCCAAUGCUCAUCAGGGAGGUACUGGAUUUCAGUUUUUUGAUGCUGACCCUGACGUCUCAGGCUCUUUAGUUGAUGUGCAGCAUGGCUCCAUUAAUUGUCCUACAACUGCUAGUGUUAAUACCUAUGGGUUGAUCGCAACAGGUAACACCUUGGGAGGAUCUGCUGAUGUCAUGCCGGAAUCUUAUGCUGCAUUGGAUAUAAAUGACGGUUUAGUCGAUAACCCCCUGGCGUUCGGUGGUAAUGAUUCUCUUCAGAUAUUUUUGCCCACUAGGCCCUCAGACGCUAUUGACAUGAGGGAUCGGCCAGAUGUCUCGAAUGGCAGUGUGCGGAACGAGGAUUUGAUUUCACUUAGGCUCGGAGUUGGAGGUAUAGGGACUCAUGGCGGUAUUGCAUCUUGUAAUGGAUUUAACUCCGUGAAUCAGCAAUUGCAAUCUAAGGAUGGUAGUGGCAGCUUGGAUUCUUUGGCUGAUACUGCUUCGUUGCUCCUCGGGAUGAAUGGUAAUAAAUCCAAGAAGUCAAGAGAAAUAUCAGAUAACCCCUUUGCUUUCCCUCGGCAACGCCGAUCUGUAAGACCGAAAUUAUAUCUAAGUAUUGAUUCAGAUUCCGAGUAGAGCAGUAGUAGUAGUUUCUAGUGAUUGUGUCACAACAAGCCUAGACCCCCAAAUAGGAAAAAGUUAGAUGUGAAUGCUAUUCGAUAUAAUUUUAUUAAAUGAUGUAUUUCUUCUGGAAGUUGCAAUGUAUCUAUAAAAUGAACGGCCUUAUAGAAGAUUUGUCUGCCAGAAGAUGAUCUGAGGAAUAUCGACAAUGCACAAGCCUUAAGCCAUAGAAAAGAAACAGUGCCUUACUACUGACAGCUUUAGGAGUUCCUUUACUUGGUAAGCUUUCUCAUAUUCAGAAAUGAUUCUAGAGUGAUAUUUAUAGGGAGCACGUUUGUGUUCCCCCAUAUAGCAUAGCUCCCCUGCCAGUUUUCUUAUAAUUAUAGACAUGUACCAUAACCUUUACUCUUUCUAGCUUAUUAGAUGAUUAUUCUGCCACAUUUUCUCGGCGGUGAACUGUUUGUACAUUUGGACAUCUCGUCUUAGCUUUACUACAAAUGUAGGAUGAUGCAUCCUAUCUCACCUCAGGUGAUAAUUAUAAAACUUUUGACAUCCCUCUUGGAUGCUUGGAAGUAGUUUUUGAGUCCUGUC